AUGCCAAGUGAUCAUUUUUCUCAGUCUUCAAAGCUGGUCCUGUUACCUUUAGUUCUUGUGUAUGGUCGCCUCCAAGGCACUGAGGCAACAAAACAAAACGAUUCAAAAUGUCCACCUGGAUAUUAUAAGUUUCGUCAGGGUAGCGGUUCUGCAACCACAUAUGAGUGUAAAGAAUGUGCCCCUGGGACAUAUACAGAGAUCAACAAUGCCGUGGAGAAGUGUAUUAGAUGCACCACAUGUGGCCUAAAUAUAGAGGAAAUAAAGCCAUGCACCACGAGCAGUAAUACUAAAUGUGACUGUAAAAAGGGUUACUUCAUGUCUGGCGGCUACUGCGAGGACUGCUCCAAAGUCAAAGCUACAACAACAACAAUAGCUAAAGCUACAACUACAGCUACAACAACAGCUACAGCUACAACAGCAACUACUGCUACAACAGCUACAACUAAAGCUACAAGAACAACAAAAGCCACACCUGUUCCAUUCAUAAAGACAGCAACAGUUGCACCAUUGAAAGGAAACGGGACCUUUGAUCUUGUGGUUCAGCUGGUUAUUCUGGUGACAUUUCUGCUGGCCUUUGGACUCUUGCUGCUCUGCUGCUGGAAAACGCAAAGAAACCCACACCGUCUUUUCUGCUGGAGGUUCACCAAGGACUUCGAAAUUGCUGCUCAGGAGUCGGAAUCCUUAGAGAAACGCAGUCACCAAAGCAGAAGCCCUGCCGCACUGGGAAAAAGCAGAGACCAAAAAUUUCCUGAGGAAAACUCAGUGAUGUUAAGCUGUUAUGAAACACCGCCUCCUAACCUGCCAGACAGUCCCCACAUAGAUCGCUGGCCGGCUGUUGUUCUCUAUGCGGUCAUCAAGGAGGUGCCCCUGCGCAGGUGGAAGGAGUUCCUGCGGCUGCUCUCGGUGAACGAUCAGCAGAUGGAGCGCAUAGAGCUGGAGGCCGGUUUGGGUUCCAUAGAGAAACAGUACCAGAUGCUGCGGCUGUGGAGCCAGCACUCGACUGCGAGCCUGAAAGAUAUCUUUUCAUCCUUGUACUACAUGGAUUUGUCAGGCUGCGCCCAGCGACUGCAGGAGAGUCUGGAGCAGCUGCGGCUGAUGCCAGAGAAUGCAGACUGCAACGUGUAAGCACGCCAUGGCAGGACUAGGGCAGGAUGCUGUGGCUGAAAAUGCAAAUACAGUGCCAGUGGUAAUACAGUUGGGGGGGCAUCACUUUUUUAGUCAUGAAAAGAACUUGUUUCCUAGAUACAUUACUAGCUAUGCAUUUCAUGUGGUGCAACCAGAGAACCACAAUGAUGUCAACAACUAUCUUCUACAAAUAUGACAUUUCAUACACAGGAGGUUUCGUUUGCCCCCAAUUACUUGAGUUCUGUUUUCACACACAAACGUAGCUGAUCCUUGUCAUUCAAAGAGCUAAAGAGGAGGUUUAUUUGUGAAGUUUGCAAUUCAAAUUGAUACUGACUUUUUCUUCUUUUGUUGUUGUUGCUAGGAAUGAAUUGAAAAACACACUGUAGAUUCAGACCAAGUAGAGUUGUUUGCACAUUUGUUGCUCAGUUAAAGUAAACUAGCCAAAGGUUUCACAGGAUUCUUUUCUUCAGGGCAAAUGAACCUUUGAAAGGUUUUUUCUAUUCAAGUCGCUGGUUCUCAAAAGUGACAGCGAUUAUUACAUUCUAAAGACCCACACCAAUCAUCUUUUGUAAAAGACUUCCCAGAGGCCUUUUAAUGAUAAUUAUGUCGUUUUAAGCCAAACUUCAAAUACCUGUGUCGUUUUUAAGGACAUAUUUUCUCCAGAGGGGCAGGAGUUCAUCAAAAAUAUGCCUAUGUAGUUCUGGGUGGGACGGUUAGCGCGGACUGAGCCCCCGCUCAUUUCCCCAUCAAUCAUCUGUUUGCAUUCUCUCCUGCUAGCUUACAGCCCCUCAGAACCCUAGCAUAACAUUGAUGGUGCAACAAAUAUGGUGAGCAAUAUUGGAGCUAUCAAGCCGUACAGUUUUGAGCCAGAUAGACGAGGAAGCGAAGAAUGUAUUUGUCUGCAAGUGGAGGCUUUGGAAUGGAGUGGAGCAGGGAGUUUCUGGCUCGCCGAUCGUAGUUUGUGUGUAACGGCUCCUAGUUCACAACCAUUUGAAUAAAGAAACAUUUUCUCUAUUAGGAGAAAAAGGAAAAUGUUAAAAACACAAUUUUCAUUGGAGUGGUUCUAGGUGGCAUUUAACUGCCAUUUUUGAAAAUGUGAAAAAGUUAUCACUUCAAAAUCUGGUAACUUCCCUGCUCUUUACCUCAACCUUCUGCCCCCAUGCCCUCCAUUUUUUGGGGUGGCAUUUUUUAAAGUUCAAGAAGACCUGUGGUUUUCUAGUACAGUACAUGUGUUCACGUGUAGGGUAUGAGAGGAAAUCCCACUGCUCUCAAUGCUUUGUUUCUAGGAACAUGUACUGAAUGUUCCAUUGUUUGAUCAAAGUCAAAUGUUUUCAGUUGUAUAUUUAAACUGUGUGACAUAUAAAUGUAAAAGCAGCAUGACUGCAGAUUUUUAAUCCUUAUAUGGCUUGACACAGAGGAGCUUACUCACUGAUCGCUGCACAGCUUCACCAAGAGAAGGACUAAACCAAAAUCCCCAAAGGACGUCAGGCUUUCAGUUUCCAACACCUAAAUGGUGUCAAGGUGCAGCUGGCUGGGUUUUUCCUCGUGGUGUUUGGGUAUCUCACUUUGAGAGAUUUUGCAUAUGAACUGCUUCACCAAUCUGGCAGGAAGGGCUCAACUUUGCAAUUGUAGAUUAUGUUUGUUUUUGGAACAAUUGAACAUAACAUUUGCGAGAAAUAAUAUUGUGAUUUUUGGAAAAAUGUAUUUAAGAACGCUUUCAUACUUUUUUAUUGCAGCGUUUGGGACUUUUGUCUUCUAUGUGACCUCAUAACACAUUUUGAUAUUUCUAUUUAAAAAAUAAAGUGGAAAACGUAUA